UAAUCUAAUCACACGAUGCGCCGCAGCCCUGGCUGUGAGAAGCGGCUUGGUUUCGGUUUUGUCGUCGGGGUUUUCUCCGCUGGGUGAAGUUCGGGCCGACGCAGACUUCCUCAUCCAGCCGCGGACGCAGCAGCUCCAGCGGGGCCGGACUGAGCAGCGUCCUCCUGCCGUCCAGCUGAGACCCACCGCGCUGAACUUUGGACUCGGGUUGUUGUUGUUUCACACUGCGGAAGUCUGGAGCAGCUGCGGCUGGUGGAAACGAAACUCUGAGUGCGCGGAGCGACAGAUUCAGCGACAAGCGAAAGGUCUAACUUUUAAAUUGAUGUCGGUUUCCUGCUUCGUUUUUCCAGCCUCAGAUCUAACGAGAUGAACGUCUCGCGCCACUCAGAUGCCAUAUUAUCUCAUCGUUUUCUGUCGUUCGUUUGUUCCUCCUGAAGUCAUGUUCCCUUCUCUGCCGCCGAUUUAACACAGCAUGAUGGACGGCGAAAGAAGUGAAGGAGGUGGGGCAGGCGAUGGAGAACCGGAGGUGGAGGAUGAGUUUGCAUGUGCUGGGAUACUGCGGGGAUCUCUCACCUCGUUGCAUGCCACAGUGGAGCGGAUAUUCGGGGUCACCUUUGGAAUUGGGACGGAGGAUUUGCCUCAUAGCAACAACGGUCAGAUAUGGCUAAAACUACGAGGGUCGAGCGCCAGUGUGAAAGCUGCCAAAUUAUUUGUGAAGGGAGUGGUGAAUCAGGAGGAGCAGCAUGAGGUUUCGUAUCCCGGGACCCUUCACUGCGUCUUCUGUGGAGCCAGAGGGCUGUUCGUGGACAGCCUGAUCAGAAGCACUUCAGCACACAUAGUGGUCGGAUCACCUGGCUUCCUGCUUAUAUCAGGUCUGACGGAGCCUGUGGUGCGAGCUUACUCCCUUAUUGCUGACUUGGUGGCGAGGUAUGAGGGCACACAGUCCAGACGACCAGAAACCUGGGAGAGGGGCUUUGAGUCCCUGGAUUCACGCCGGGCCUUCAAAACUCUGGUGGAGAAAUGGGAGGACAGACACAUUCUGGAUCUCCUCGUGCUUCCGGGGUCAGUGAAGGAAAUCCUGCUGGAUUUGGUGAAAGAAUCUGGACUUGGAUCAAGCCCAAGCCCAGAGCUGAUGGAUUCAAAUGCAGGUGCAAAUUUAAAUGGAGGUUCUAAUAAUAGCUGGGACAAACCUGCAACCACUAAGAAAACAGUGCCUGAUACUUCUAGCUCUGCUGAUGGAUGGGCUGAAGGACUGGCUGCAGGUUUGUGGAAAGACUUUGCAGGCAAGGACUCAUUUCAAUCUUUUUUCUCCCCUGCAGGCACCAGAGGGAUGGCAGAGGGUGCUGAGGAGAGACUCCCAUCCUUUCCGCAGGAGAUGGGAGAAGAACACCUCAAGCAUCAAGCAUCAUUUGGCACUGAGAGGAGUAAAGGGCAGCAGGGGGAUGAAGAACCGGAGCUGCAUUUAUCAAUGGGAAACAAGGAGUUUUGGCUUCUUUUAAAGUUUUUCACAGCUAUGGGGUAUACAGAGGAAGUUGUAAAAAGAGUUCUUGCAAGAACAGGACCUAAAGAAGCAUCACAGAUUCUUGACUUGGUUCAACAAGAACAAGAUCACAGUGACCGGGAGCAGGCGAUUUGUUGCGUUCCAAAAGCAAAAAAUCAAUAUAGUGCAGCUCUGAACCUGGUGGAGAACCGACCUUGUGAGACAGAGCACAGAGAGGAUGAAGGUACAGGAGAAGCUAAGGUUAUAGGUAACAAUGUGGAAAUGAAUGUUGGACAAGAAGAGGAAGAGGGGGCAACAGGAAGAAGCAGACAGCCUAAAGGUGAAGACAGUGUGGAGUUAGAGGUGAAAGGAGAAGAGGAAGACUUUGUCCUGGGAGUGGUAAAAAGAGCAGCAGCUAGCUGUGGGUACGCAGAGCAGAACGUAGCCAAAGUCUACAACAUGUUGCCUGAUGGAUCCACUCACCAGCUGCUUCUGAAGCUUCAGGAAGAGGGGAGCAGAGAGGUAGAUAGCCUCAGUGAAGGACCACGGGAGAGUGAUGACAUGAUCCUGAACAAAGUGGAACCAAAAGUUGGACAGACUGAGGACGAACCAAGAAGAGAAGCUGAGCUUUUCAUACCAGCAGAAAAGAGAGAAUCUGAUGAGAGAGGACAGGUGAAAGUGCCCAAUAUUCCUGCACCUACAGCAGAACCAGGUUUGUUCCUCUGGCCCAACAAACCCCAGCAGCUGCCUAUGAGCCAAUACACGUCUCAGCUACAGCAGCACCAGCCUUUCCAAACACCUCACCAAGUCAUCCAGCCUGAGGUCAAAGGGCCACCCAUGCCUAUUUACUCCUCGUCCCUCGACCCUCCUUUCAAAAGCUGUCAGUCUAACAAGCAACAUGACCGAGCCACCUACUGGCCCGAUCCAGCCGUCUCUAAACAAAGUCAUCAAACUCACAACAAUUCCUCAAACUCCAAGCUCCAUUCUUCACAGUCCUUAAAGCAAGCCUUUCAAGCUCAGCCCCCCAUCUUCACUGUCAAUGACUCGUCUUCCACCAGAGCGAGAGAAAGACGGGCCUUCGUGUCCCCGUCUUCAGUGGUGGUGACGGGGGAGCAGCGCUUCUUGGAAGGUCUGCAGACUCCCUUUGAGCUCAAGCUAACGGACAAGCCUGGAGACCCAGAACUGAGGACGAUCAUCAUUGAUGGGAGCAACGUCGCUAUGAGUCACGGCUUGGGUCAUUUCUUCUCCUGCCGAGGAAUCGCUCUGGCCGUCCAGCACUUCUGGGACCGAGGCCAUCGCCACAUGAGCGCUUUGGUACCGCAGUGGAGGCAGAAGAUGGACCCCAGGAUCAAAGAACAGCACUAUCUGACUGAGCUGCAGAAGCUGGGCCUGCUCUCCUACACCCCCUCCAGGGAAGUCCAAGGAAAGAGAAUCAGCUCAUAUGAUGACAGAUUAAUACUGCAGCUUGCACAGAAGACGGAUGGGGUGAUUGUGACUAAUGAUAAUCUGAGAGACCUUUCAGAUGAGUCCCCUGUAUGGAGGGACAUCAUCAAAAAGAGACUUCUUCAGUACACAUUUGUAGGAGAUCUCUUCAUGGUUCCUGAUGACCCUCUGGGCAGAGGAGGGCCUCACCUUAAUGAUUUCCUACGUUCAGAACACGGGACUCCCGAUCCAGGGAACCACUCUUUUGCUGGCUUAGCUGCGGCACUGACUUCCUCCAAACCACCACGCUCCCAAACGGAAGUCUUGAACUUCCGUGACCGAACACUCGUGGGUGUUCAGGACACAUCAGGUGGAGGUGGCCGGGGUAAAGGGAGAGCACACAGAAGAGGGUGGGACUCUGAACACCAGCAAAGGCCUCAUGGGGCUGCAGGUCCUGGACUGAUGCUCAGUACUGACAGGACUCCAGAAGAAACAGCUGGCCUAAGAGAGCAGCUCUCUCAGGUGUUCCCAGGUCAGGACAACAUGGUGACGCUGGUGCUGCAGUGCCACCCUGCAGAGAAAGACAUAAAUGUGCUGUCUGAUCUGAUCUUGGAAAAGCAAAAGGACUAGAUUUAUCUUUAUUUUAUAGUUUUCCUGGGACCACUUCAAACUUUUCUUGCUGAAUUUUGAAACUCUGUAAUUGAUUUGUGUUUAUUUCCUCCCAAAGUAGCCACAGCAAAGCAUCCGUGUGUGUGGAUACUGCUUCAGAGCCAAUACUGUGCAAACCGUAAAACCUAUAGAUUGUCCAAACUUGCUCUUAAAGCUCAGACCAUAGUGUGUCAAACUUUUUCAGUUUUACCACCUUUACUUUGCUUCUCUUAUCUCUGCUGCCACCCAACUUUUCUCUUAAUGACUCUCUUUGAACGUGAUUCAUAAUGUAAUCUACACCUUAGGUAAUGGUGCCUUCAUUUAGCUGAGAACCCUGAAGACGGAGUGGAGCUUGGCAAAAUCAGUAGGGUUUGUUAUGCUAACUGCACAGACUGCCUUUUAUUAGCGCUACAAGCUAAUAACAAGACAACACGUUUUAUAUGUAGAAAAACAGCAGCAUAUUUUAAUUGAUAAGUUAGGCAGUACCAUGUGUAUGACUGAUGAAACAAACUGUAACUAAACAGUUUUUAACUUCCACUAUCACUACUUUAUAUGCAUAGGGCAGCCAUGUUGGAUUUUGAGGUUUUUGACUUUGAUGGCCACCCCAGUUGAUUUUUUUUUCUCACUGGAAAACUUCUUCAGAAGUUGUAGCCUCACCGAUUGUAACUGUUUUGUUUUGUAUGCCCUCUCAGCACACUAUAUAGUAUUGAUUUAGCAUGUGUAUGCAGGAUAUUGAUUGCACAAGAAUGACAUGUAAGUUAAACAAAAGACGCUAUCGUUGUAUGUGGCUUGCUAGCGCUAUUAGCACUGUUGGCGGCUGGCUAUGAAUCAGGUUUCAUAUUGACCCUACUUUGGUGAGAGAAGCAAAUUCAGAAAAAGAAAAGAAAGUAUUGACAGAGCUUUAAAAGGCCGCUCUCAUUGGCCAAAAGGAACCAUAAAUACAUGAAGGAUUUCAGUUAUUUAUUGACAUCAGUGAUCUGCAUCCCAUAAAUACGGUGUUCACUGAAGAACUGCUAAAAUUAAGAGUCGUGAAGUCGUGUUGCUUAUCAGUUGGAUUAUGUGUGUGUUGAAUGGGACCUUCCUAAGCCUACAAAUUGGUCCAGACUUCCAGGUGACUGGUUUCAGACCCUUUUCUGGUUUUGCUUAAUUUUCUACAACAUUUUGAUUUUAUCAUAAAACACCAGCAAACCUAACAACUUUCCAGUCAACUUAGACUAAGGCUUAUAUCAAAUAAUCCUGUUUAGGAGGGUUAGGAAGGCCUCUAACUGGAGUAAAUGUAGAUAAAUAUGAGAACAGGGGACUGAGUGUAAGCAGCAUUUUUCACCUUUGUGGCUUUGUCCUUUUUGAUUUAUCAGUUGUGCUACUAAAGUCAUAUUUUAAGUUGUAUACUAAUAUAUAUUUGGUAAUUCCUCAGUGGAGAAAAUACCAUUAGAUUAAAUAAGACAGUGUUAAAGGGGUUUUGUGGCAUAUUUUCAAACAUUUGUGGUUUUAUCCACCUCAUAGUUCACUGUGUGAAGUGUGCGUGUCUUUCAUCCGUACACAGUUUUCUUAACAUAUUUUCAUGAGAUUUUCCAGGUUUUGGGGUUCAGAUUUUGGAGUGAUAGUAUACCAAGAAACUUAAUACAUUUUUUCCUGUUUUACUUACUGGCACAUUUGACAGUGACUAUUUUUAUUUACAACAAAAAAGAAAUUGUUAGAAAAUCAUGAACAACAAGAAACCAGGUGGCACUGAGGUAUGAUUGAGGAUGAUUGCUUGAAACGAAGCUUUCAUACGUUCUGGACACUCGAUUCUAUGUUUUUAACUUAUUGUAACCAGUUCUGAUGCUGUUAUAAGGUCUAAAAUCAUACCAGAUGUUACUAGAUGAUGAAAAUACGACCAAAUCAAAUGAUGACAGGACAUCAAAAACUUUAAAUAUCAGCAUCUAUCCAAAUGUACCCGACCGACAAUCUUAUUUGCCUCAUUUUUACAUAAGAAUUGUGAAAUGUUUUUUCAAUUGUUUAUAUGUGUACAUUUUAAAACUUAAUUAAAGUUUCUCUUGUCUAUAAUACA